AUGCCUCUGCCAGGUUUCAGCCGGCGGCGGCGGGAACUAGGAGCGCUCCCUGACCUCACCCGGCAGCGCGGGCCGAGCGCACCGGCCGCCUCGGGCGCCCGAGCGGGGCGCGCCCCAGGUCCCAGGCCGGCGCGAGGAGCCAGGCCUCGGCUCCGGGGCCCCAGGACCCUUGUCUUCGUCGUCUGCAGUGUCCUGCUGCCGGUGAGUCCUCGCCGCGGUUCCUGGCUCGGGAAGGCGUGUCUGGUGGCCGGGAGGGAGCAGGGGGAGUUGGGAGACGCGGCCGGGUGCCUGCCCGGGUCACCAGCUGCCGGUGCAUGUACUGCAGGACCGACCCGGGCAAAGUCGGCGGAAGAGCGGGGUCCCCGGCCGGCAGGGCCGACCAGGGCCGAGGGAGAAGAGCCCGCGCUCCGCCUGCGGGUCCCUGGAGCGGUUGCAGCCGGCGAAAAGGAAAUUUCCCUAGGCUGCCCUACGCAGCUUCCAGUUCCGCCCCCUGAACGGCCGCUGGGCACAGUCUCCCAAGUUCCUGCCUGUCACUUUGUAGCACAGCAACAGGUCCCAGCUGCCUCGGCCAUGGUAACCCAGCAAGAGAGAGUUCCCCAGCAGUUACCUGCCCCACAGAAAUCGAAUCACAGCCUCUGGGAGAAGGGGUGUCCACCAGGAUCCCGCGUAUCAGAAGACAAUAAAAAUUGUACAUUUUGUACAUAUGGAGUGGAUUACACCAGUCACUGGAGUAAGCUCUCUUCCUGCUUACCAUGCUCUACAUGUAAAUCAGAUGAAGAACAGAUCGCCCCCUGCACCAGGACUGAGAACACACGGUGCCAAUGCAAACGUGGCACUUUCCACGGAGAAGAUUCUCCCGAGGUCUGCCAGAAGUGCAGCACCAGGUGCCCCGAUGGGAUGGUUGAGGCCACUCCCUGUACCGCCCGGAGUGACCUCAAGUGUGUCCACCAAGAAUCAGGUAUCCAGGCCAGUGGGGAGGCCCCAGUUUCUGGAGAGCCAGUGACCACAAACCCGUGGCCACCCACCGCUUCCUCUCCCUCCUCAGGCAAUCCGUGGCUGGUGAUGGGGAUUGUAGUCGGGGCAGUGGGUGUUGUCCUGCUGCUGGUGGUCACUGCAUAUUAUUACAGGAAGCGAGUCCUUCAAGGUUGUGGAGUGGACGCCAAGUGCAUGAACAGAGUCUUUUUCUGGCGCUCGUGUCCCCCAAGAGGGCCUGGGGCUCUGGACAACAGAGGAUCACCGUCCACCUUGGCCUCAGAGCAGGAACUAGAGGACGAGGAGCUGACAGGUGUCAGUACACAGUCCCCAGGGGAAGCAGAGCAUCUGCUGGUCCUAAUCUACCCUGCUGCCAUUCAGAAUGCGGAAGAGAGCAGUGCUGCCAACGUGGGACCUUUAACAACGUCCAAAGAGAACGACUGGGAGGAAUCUGGUAAACUGCUCACUGGGGACACUCGGGGUCGGAUCCGGCAGGUGUGA